AUGGGGAAUGGUGAUGAAACAAAAUGUGUUUUCCCCUUGACGAGUCUCCAGAUCGGAGACUUGCAGUCAUAUCUUUCUGAUCUGAGUAUUUUCCUGGGCAAUAAAAGUAAAAAGAUUUACAUAUUGGUGGACAACCGGCCAUGGCUGAAUCCUGGCACCCGAUCUGCUCACUUCUGGCAACUAAUGGUUACAAAGUCCAGACUCUCCCCUUUUGCAAACACGAAAGGUCGAGCGGAGAAGAAGAAGCAGAAGCAGGAGGAGGAGGAGGAGGAGAAGAAGCCCAAAGAGACGUGUUCAGAGCCCGACAACAGGAAAAUGAGGAACCUAAAGAAAUGGUUCUCGUUGAUCGAUGCGACAACUUUUUCAAAGAAUAGACUACCUGCAAAGAAACUGCAAAGCGCUUUGUAUCUAAACCAGCAGCUGCACAAGACCUUGUACGGUUUCAUCGUGUUUGAAGUUGAAUGGGCCAAUGUUAGGGGUAUCAAUUACGUGAAUGAGCUACUGACAGACACAUCUCUUGCUAUAGAGGCUAAGUUGAUGCGAAGGUGGGAGUUUGAGAGUAUCGAUCAAGCUGUAACAAGUAUGUCUCAGUGGUUCUCUGGAUCAAAAGCUGAAAUGUCUUGCUUGAGGGAAUAUCUUCAUACAACUAAAGGAGACGUUUUUCAUGACGCUGAAGAAGAUUUCUCGAAAACAUAUCCUGUUGAUGAUGACGAAAACCUUGGGAGUGACAAUGUUUCUAUUGAACAUGACUACUCUCCUUGCUGCUCCAGAAGUGUCUUUAGCGUUGACCAUUCUACUGCAGAAGAUUAUGAUGAAAACGAGCCUCACACACCGCCUCUGACUGGACCAUACAAGAGAAGACGAGUAACCAAGUCAUUCAGCAGCGGAGUUGAAGUUGAUUAUAUGGAGGAAACACCCAAAAGAAAAAGCAACUCGUUCGACCACUGGGAAAGCCAUGUACCUGAUGAUAGUGAGAACGUCACUGAAGCAACAGAGUAUAAAGAUGUCCUAGUUCUUGUUAGGUUUGGUGAUCGUCAUCUCCCUUUCAAAUUGCGAGAGGUGAUAAUGGCUGACAUUCGCUUGCUUACUUUACUUGAAGCUGGUCUUCCUUCAUGGGUCUUGUUUCUACAGUCUUAUCCUGGCUUCUGCCAUCUCUAUCGACCGUGGAUGUGCCUUUUGGCCAGAGGACUAUAUGUGAUGGUAUCAGUCAUCACCGUUGUGAUCGGUUUCUAUGACCUGUACAAAAAUGUCCCGGUUCUUAAGGCCACUGCAUCUAGGCUAUGCGGGCCACUCUUUGACUGGGUUGAAACAUGGGACAUGGUAUCAAGGAUCAAGUACUUGGGAACGAUGCUGUUUCUUCACAACUUUCAGAAAGCUGUCAAGUAUUCUCUGACUAUGGCACGUGCGAUGCAGUCGUUUGUUUCUUUACUCAUUAUGCCUCUGGUAAAUCCUCUCUUGGAAGUUCUUGGUCUGCUCCUACCGUUGUGGAACUCGCUGGCGGAAACAGUGGUGAGCUUGGUUUCAGUGGUUUGGAUAGUGAUUGAGUCUGGUUGCAAUCUCGUUGGUGAUGUGGUAGAGCUGGUGCUCUUACCCAUUUGGUUUAUCCUCUCGCUGGUUUGGAACGUCACAAAUACUGUUCUGCUUCCUCUGUUCUGGAUCUUAUGGGAAGUGUUAUAUGCACCGAUUAGGGUGGUUGCUGCGUUGGCCAACGGUUUAUCUUUUUCCUUCUCAUACAUAUUCGAUGUGCUCGGAGAUCUAUGGCGGUAUAUGAGUAGCAUACUUCAGCUCGCAUCAGAUUCACAAUCAGCUGUGAAGACUUAUGAAGUCUCCAUGUGGCGUACACUUUGGAACGAUCUCUUUUCUCAUGUUUUUCGUGCUGUCAGGAGUAUAUUGAACGGUUUUGUCGCCUUCUUUGCUGCCUGUAACAGACAUCGGCUUAGUAUAUAUAAUCACAUACAAGAGUUUAUACAGAGACUACAUGGACGAACCUCGAGAUCAGAAUCUGUAGAUUUAAAACAUGGCAAGUCAUCUAAGAACAUUCAGCGUACAGGAGAAGAUACGACGAGAAGGAAAUUGCACCUUGCAUAG